CCGCGGGGCUCGCGCUCCGUCAGUGCAGCGCGAGCGGCGCGGGAGCUGCGGGCAGAGCCGGAGGAGCUGAGGGGGUGGUGGCGGUGAAGACUCACGCGCGUGUGCUCCGCUUCCUCCCGCCGCGGCCGGGGCCGCCCCCUGCCUCCCGCUUUCCUUCCCUUCCUCCCUCCCUUCCGCCUCCGAGCGCGGCGGCACCGUCUCCUGUGCCGUGCGGCUUCCUCUAGACCUCUCGGCGCGGGUAAGCUCUGUUCCCAGAGGCAGCUGCUGCUAACCCUGUAGCCCAGGAGGAAAUAACUGGCAAAGCUCAGCCUUGGUACUUUCUUUUCAGGUGGUCACCAUGUCUUUGAAGAUCCAGACAAGUAAUGUAACCAAUAAGAAUGACCCCAAGUCCAUCAACUCCCGAGUUUUCAUUGGAAACCUCAACACAGCUGUGGUGAAGAAGUCAGAUGUGGAGACUAUCUUCUCCAAGUAUGGCCGUGUGGCUGGCUGUUCUGUACACAAGGGAUAUGCCUUUGUCCAGUAUGCCAAUGAGCGCCAUGCCCGGGCAGCUGUGCUAGGAGAGAAUGGACGAGUGCUGGCUGGACAGACGCUUGAUAUCAACAUGGCUGGAGAGCCCAAGCCUAACAGACCUAAGGGGCUAAAGAGAGCGGCAUCUGCUAUUUACAGGCUCUUUGACUACCGUGGUCGCCUAUCACCCGUGCCAGUGCCUAGGGCAGUCCCUGUGAAGCGACCUCGGGUCACAGUCCCUUUGGUACGUCGUGUCAAAACUACCAUACCUGUCAAGCUCUUUGGCCGCUCCACAGCCAUUAAUACUGGCUCAGUGAAGAUCAAGUUAAAGAGCAGUGAACUGCAGACAAUCAAGACAGAGCUGACACAGAUCAAGUCCAACAUUGACGCCUUGUUGGGUCGCUUGGAGCAGAUUGCUGAGGAGCAAAGGGCCAACCCAGAUGGCAAGAAGAAGGUUGACAGCAGCAGCAGCAGCAGUGGUGCUGCUGGUGGUGGUGGUGCUGGUGGCAGCACUGGUAAUAGUGGCAGUGGCAGUAGCACCCGACCACCAGCCCCACAAGAGGAUGCCGUUUCUGAGGUGGACAUGCCUCAGGGAGAAGCCCAGACUCGGGAUGAUGGUGACGAGGAAGGGCUGCUGACGCACAGCGAGGAAGAACAGGAGCACAGCCAGGACACAGAUGCAGAGGAUGGGGCCUUGCAGUAAGAAGUCUGACAGGAGCAAUGGCCACCAGCAGGAGAAAGGCUUCACUGUCUCAGGCCUCAGCCAGGCACCCACCCUGGGUGCUGGACCCAUAGUGGGUACUACAGGAAAACUGGCAGCAGGCACUCCUCCCCCAUGCAUCCCAGCCAGUGCCACAUUCUCUGCAGAUGGAGUUACCGGCCUACCCUUUCCCUGUGCGCCCUCCCUGUCUGCACUGUCCAGGCCAGAGGGCAGAGCACAGGACUUCCCCACACUGUUUUCUCUCCCCAGGACACUCCCAGGCUUGGUUUUUUUCUAUAGGUUUGGAGGGCGGGUGGUACAGGGAGGGGACCUUAACAAUAAAGAGAUUGGAUCCA